CCAGCGGACAUGUCCUUCAAACUUCCUUCCACAGGCCUCCGCGCUAAAGAACUGCGACCACCGUCAACGCAGAAGGAGAGUAAGCCACUCCCGACGGCCAAUGCAGAAGCCAUCGACUUCCUCAGAUCCCUCCAACCCAAGCAGCUGGAACUGUUGCUGUUCUCUGAGACCCUGGCCAUGGUCUCAGACACAGGGGAGCCUCUGGGAGAGCUGACUGUGGACGUGCAGAAAGGGCAGUACAGAGAUGACCUUUCGGUCAGCGCCUUCUACCUCCAGGUGCAUGCCUUCAGCCGAAGCUCCUUGGACAACAUGCGCUGUGGAAACUCCAUCCUGGGCCAUAUCACAGGGGAAAUGGAGACCUUGGAACAGCACAGUCAGGAGUUUAUCAAGUUUCUCGUCCUCCCCAUGGAGCGGAAGACCAAGCUGGUGCGGGUGGACAAUCAGCUGGAUGUGACCAGGAUGGUCAAGGAGGGGGAGGAAGUGAAGACAGAAGUGACAUCUUUUCCCUGGAACUCCACUGCCGGCUUCCUCUCGGAGGCUGCCAACCUGGUGAUGCUCAGAGUGAUGGCCUGGCGGCAGAUGGUGCCCAGCAACGCCCGCUUCCUGGCCCUGGACACAGAGGGCAAACUCUGCUAUGCCACCUACCAAGCCCUGGGCUUCCAGACGUUCCAGAUGGGCCGUCAGCAGGCGGAAGUGUUCAUCAUAGAGCAGACGGUCCACUCAGAGGAGGGCAUCCCCAUGUCCUGCCAGUACUACCUGCUCCCUGAUGGGCACCUGGCCAAGAGAGUGCAGGUGGGCUCCCCUGGGUGCUGCAUCAUCACCAAGAUGCCCAUCUUGAGGGAAGAGGAUGAGAUUGAGCCUCCCCCGGUGUUUGAGAAGAAGCCCUUAGAGUGGGAGGAGGACAUGCAGCUCCUCACCAGGUUCCUGAAACGUAAGGAGGAGCUCCGACUCAGCCACGCCAGCUACCUGCGCCACCACCCCGAGGCGAGCGCGCUCAUCUCGGACUUCCUGCUCUUCCUGCUGCUGCGCCAGCCGGCCGACGUGAUCACCUUCGCCGCCGAGUACUUCGGCCCCUUCUCGGUGCACAGCCUGCCGACCCCCGCGCUGCGCUCCUCCCACCGGCCCAGCCCUUUCCGCCCGCAGCCCCUGGAGGGGACCUUCAGCCAGGCGUUCCCGGAGGAGGACUAGGCGGCCCGCGCGCC